AUGUCUAAGUACGCCGAAGCCUUCCAGACCCCCAAGGGACCAGGCGACGCUCGCCCAACAGCCCUCCAAAUCAUCCAAGACGAAGGCCUCAUCGGCAAACUCACCGGUAAGACCAUCCUCAUUACCGGCGCAAACCAAGGCAUCGGCCUCGAAACCGCGCGCGCGCUCUACCAAACCGGCGCCACCAUCUACCUCGGCGUCCGCAGCCGCGAAAAGGGUGAAAAGGCAAUCGCAGAUAUCACUGCCUCCAUCAAGGGCGAGACGUCCGGGUCUCUAGACUUCGUGGAAAUGUCCCUCGACGACUUCUCCUCGGUCCGCAAAGGCGCGGAGGACUUCCUGUCCAAGAGCAACGGCAAGCUCAACAUCCUCGUCAACAACGCAGGCAUCAUGGCACAGACAAAGACUAUAACUAAAGACGGCUUCGAAUCGCAGUUCGCCACGAACCACCUGGGCCACUUCCUCCUCUUCCAACUAAUGAAGCCCGCCCUUCUCGCAUCCGCGACGCCGGAUUUUGCGUCCCGCGUCGUCGUUGUGUCGUCCAUGGCCCACCGCGCCAGCGAUAUCCGCUUCGAGGAUGUCAACUUUGACGAGGAGGAAUCGUAUGAGCCGUACACGGCGUACGGCCAAUCCAAGACGGCCAACAUUUACUUCUCUAACGAGAUUGAGCGGCGCUACGGGGCCUCGCGGAACUUACACUCCACCUCGCUGCACCCGGGCGCCAUCCUGACCAGCAUGGCAGCGUCGCAAAACGUCGACGUGGACGCGAUCAAGGCCAGUAUGGGAGAGGAGACGUUCAACAAGCUCAUGAGCACGCUCAAGAACCCGGAGCAAGGGGCCGCUACCACCGUCUACGCCGCCGUGAGUAAAGAGUGGGAAGGCAAGGGCGGGAAAUACCUCAACGACUGCGCCGAGGGCGGACCUGGUGUCGAUGGAUUCACGCCGGCGACGACGGAUCCUGGGUAUGCCUCGUGGGCUUACGAUGAGGAGAAAGCUGCGCGGUUGUGGAGGGAGUCGUGCAAGAUGGUUGGAGUUGAGGAUGAUGCUUAG